ACUUACUCUCAUCCAUCUACUGACCUUAGCGGGCGCAGAACACAAACUGGAAUGGAUUACUCGAAUGUGUUCAUCGUGGCAUUCUUAAUAGGUGUGCACCUGUGUUUCUUGGCCAGUUGGGUGUCGGCAGAAAAUGCAGCGGCACGAAGUCCAAGUACGGAGAGCACAGCUUGCGGGAGCGAGUUCGCCCCACCGGUGAACCUGACGAUCACGUUCGACGGCGACGACAACCUUACAGCUACGUGGAUCUCCGAUGCCUCUACUCCCAUGGUCGGGCACCUGGUCCAAUGGUGCUGGGGAUCGUCCUGCAAACACGAAGACGUCGACGAGUGCGGUGAUGAGUACAUGACGAGUAACACUGAGUUUCACAUUUACGAUGUGCAGCCGCUCACGUCCUACACCGUGUCCGUGUCUUCGUACCGAGAAAGUGUCCACAAAGAGAAGUGCAGGCUCGGCGCCGCGAUCGCCUGCAUAGCGACACCGCGUGGUAUUCCUCGCCAGGUGACAGACCUGAAGGCGUCCACCGUAAAGAAAGACAGCAUAUCGAUCGAGUGGACCGGCCCAAAGCCUCGGAACAAGAUUCCUGUCUCGUACCGAGUGAUAUGGGAAGUCACGGACAGCGGCUGCAUAACAGAGGGAUGUGUCGCAUCGGGAAAUGCGUCGGUCACCCGCACGACCUUCACGGUUACGGAUAUUCUGCCCUUCACCAGGAUAUGCUUCACCGUUGCACCCUUCAUAGAAGUCUUGCGAUCGGACGUUCACGGGAAUGAGUCUACGUUAUGCGUGCGAAGCUUACCACUUGACGAGACCCUUGAGGUACAAGACAUUACGACGACUGGGCUUACGCUAUCUUGGAAAGAGCAAUCACAAGCAUCCAUUUAUAGCGUUCAAUCGUGCGUCAGGACCGGGCCGUGCGCUGGACUGGACUUUGACACCCAGGACUGCGUGGUUCAAAACGAGACGACGGAAACACCUCAAUUCUCCUGGAAUGGAUUGGCACCGUGGACGAGUGUGCUAGUGAAAAUUAGGCCUUACGGCACGUUGGGCAUUGGAUGCUUUACAACACUGGUUGAACGUCCGGGUUCACCUGGAGGUCUCAAAGUGUCGGAUAUUACGAGCACGAGCGCCGUCCUGUCUUGGACGGCCCCUCAGGAUUGCAACGGACCCAUAGACGCCUAUUUUAUCAGCGUCGUCAUCGAAAGCACUCGCGUUCCAACGGGACUGGAGGUUGACGGAAAGAAAACCGAGGCUAAGAUCACCAGCUUGCAUCCCUGGACUAAGUACGUAGUCGCUGUCGGGGCUGUCAACCUGAAUGCCAGCAUGACGCAGCUGAUCAGCAGCAAUCGUCCCAAGGUCACGUUCACGACGCUUCCUGGACCACCGUCGCCUCCAAUGUCCCUGGUGACAGUUGUAAAGUCACGUUCCGUAACGGCAUUUUGGGAGGAGCCCCAGGAACGAAAUGGCCCCAAGGGAUCUCUCAAGUACAAAGUCCUCAUAAAGAAGGCCGUCGCCUCCGUCGUGCCCACAGCUGAGCUAGAAACGGAAAACACGCGUAUCCAGUACGACCAGCUGGAGCCGUUCACCCAGUACGUCAUCAGCGUCUCUGCUAUCACGAAGUACCAAGGACAAGUAUGGGAGAGUGAGAGCAUCACGGAAGAGCUCCAGACAGAUCCUGAAGCUCCAGAUGUCGUGCAGGACCUAGAGGCUGACUGUGAAUCGGAGCCCAAUGUCGUCAAGCUCACCUGGAAGCCACCACUUCAUUCUUAUGGGAUAGUACAGGGUUAUAACAUCGCCCUUUCGGGAAAGAAGAAACAAAAACCAACAAUUCGUCGGACUGUGAACGUUGGGGCUGGGCUGUCCUGUCAUAGAGGGCACUGUGCCUUCGAGCUGCACAAAGUUUAUGCAGAAUACAGCUAUGUCAUCACCAUCAGAGCCAAGAACAAAGACAUGCCUGGAUUUGGAGCCAUGAAAGAAAUCGCUGAUACGUGCAUCGUCCCUGCUGCAGCGCCUCCUCCACCCCAAAAGGACCUGAUCCUGCAGGCCGAUCCAUCCUGGACCGACAACAACUUAAAUCAACAGCAUCAGAUAACAUUUGGCUUCUGGAACGACACCUUCUCCGAUAUAGGUGGCGACAUCAUCGCUUAUGACAUCCUGGUAUCGUUGGAUGUUAACUUUGGUAGCCGAACACGCUGCUCGACUUGGGGCAAAGUUCACGUCCACGGCUUCAUCUCCUGCUACGUCGCCAGCCCAGAAUACUGGAACCCCUUCAGUGCAGAUUUCAAGAAUGACGCCAUGAACUGCAUGCGAAACAGCAGUUUCGUAAGAUGCACCCUUGGUGUUGCGGAUGGUUGCGACCCAUUUGAGGACAGAUGUAACGGACCUCUCAAGUCUGGUACCAGUUAUGGAAUUGUUCUUCGAGCCUACACAGCCGCAGGAUUUCAGGACACCGAGCCUCGGGUCUUCGUUACAGCCAAGGCGGAUUACUCCGAAUUCAACCACAGAGUGAUGCUGGCUGGAGUGACGCUCCUCGCAGUCAUCCUCCUGGCUGUCAUCUUCACCAUCUUCUGCUAUUUCUUCGUCAACAGGAAAUGCUGCUGGGAGGCACACAAACCAGCCGUCAUAUGGUGAAAUCUACGAAGACGAUCAAGAGUGUUUGGGACCGGUGAAAGGACCAUCUGUGUGACCAUCUGGAACUGUGAAAUAUUGCAGAGUGUUUGUCAAAGAACUUGAUCAGUGUGGAGUCCAGUGACCUGCGCCCAGAGACGGCUUCCUGUGUCGGACUCCUUGCACUCCUUGCAACUCUUUGCACUCCUUGCAACUCUUUGCACUUGCUUCACGACAGCUUUAUAGUUUGUAGCCAACAGGAAUCGGUCAAGAAGAUAAAACUUAUCGUCUCAGAGCUUGUCACCGCGGCUACGGGAACACGUCAUACCUAUUUCCCGUUUUUCGCUCUACUGAAGCGUUAUGCCUCUUUUUUUUUUAAGCUGCGGGUAACAAGCGGGACUUGCAGCAAGACGUGAUGAAAUAAUUUAAUAUUCGGUUAUAUUUAUUGUAAUAGAGAAAAAUGCCAUGCUGGUGCGUGUGAACGUGAAGAUGCCACCGACACGAAGUUAGUCACGGGUCAGAGGUGGUCAAAAGGGUUGGCCCGUAUGAAGGCACGUGAAAGUCUUACAGUGCGAAUGACUUUCAUACAUACUGUACAUAUCGAUAAGAUGUGAUCAUAUAAAACAUGUAGCGCGUAGAUUAUGCAGAUAAAGCCUUCCUGCGACCCA